AGAAGAUCCGGAUGAAACCCAAGCCUCAGAUGGGAGCCAGUUUGAUCAGCUCUUAGCAUCCGAGAGGCCGUGUGUGUGUAUGUGUGUGUGGAGAGCGAGGCUGGAGGGAGGAGUGUUUGAGUGCAUGACAGCGGGAGAGAUCAGAAGAGAGAUUGUUCCAGUGCUGGAGGUGAUCCUGCGUGGACGCAGCGCCUGGAUGUGCGCGGGAAAACGCGCUUAUUCGCGUUUUUAUGACUGUUUGCUUUGGUUGUGCCUCUCUGGACCCUGUUUCUGCCCUGCUGACCACAUCUCUGGAGCGAAACGGCUCUUCUGUGCUGGAAUGAGGAAGCUCAGGCUGGACGAUCAGUUUGUCUAACAUUAAGGUGGACACCGAUAAGCAGCAUGACUCAGUGCCAUGACAGCAACACUUCUUGCUGACACAGUGCAGCAGAGGAUGCUGGGAAACACCAAGCGUUUUUUUGGCAGCGCUGAAGACAAAGAGGGCGAAGAUGAGGAGGACGAGGAGGAGCGAUUGAAGAGAUUGAAACAAAAUGGGAUGAUUGAUAUGGGAGACAAGGAACACCAGAACCGGGCCGGACGCAAGACGGACGGAUCCAAACCGGCGGCCGUUGUGAUUGGAUGGCAGAGAGGAGAGAGACAGCCCAGGCCUGUUAACUCCGCCCAAAGAGGAAUCCCGCAUUUGCCCAGCCAGCCGACUCUUUAUCAUCAGACAACCAAUCAGCCGCUGUAUCACCCCGUUUUGACCAAUCAGCAGGCCCGGCGGCGUCUCAUGGAGCGCAGCAUGACCACGGUCACGCCUAUGGAAGACUCGCACCUCGCUGUGAUUAUGUUCCGCGUCGGCAUACCUGACAUCAAACAAACGAAGUGUUUGCGGUUUGAUCCCGAUUCAAGCGUUUGGAGCGCGAAGCAGCAGAUUAUUUGUUCUCUCAGCGAGUCGUUGUGGGACGUUUACAAUUACGGCCUCUUCCAGCCAGCUGGAGACGGACGAGAUGCCAAGUUCCUGGAGGAGGAACGCUUGCUUCGAGAGUUCGCCCAGUCCCUGGAGAAGGGAGUGCCCUACCUGGAGUUCAGAUAUAAGACACGGGUGUACAAACAGACAAACUUGGAUGAGAAACAACUAGCAAAGCUGCACACCAAGGCCAAUCUGAAGAAGUUCCUGGAUUAUGUUCAUGCCGGAGCGGUGGAGAAGUUGAGUAAAGCUCUGGAGAAAGGACUGGACCCCAACUACCAUGACACUGAGAGCGGAGAGACUCCUCUGACUCUGGCGGUUCAGGGGAGUCUGAGCGUGGAAGGGAUUCGUGUUCUGGUGCUGAACGGGGCUCAUGUGGAUUUCAGAUCCAGAGACGGACUCACACCCCUCCAUAAAGCAGUCAGAGCUCACAACCAGCCCGCGCUGAUGGCGCUGCUGUCUUUGGGAGCUUCUCCAGAUUAUCGAGACCGCUGUGGACUGACGCCGCUGUACCACUCGGUGCUGACAGGGGGCGAAACGUCCUGCUGUGAGACUCUGCUGUACUACAGAGCGCGACUGGGCGUCAGAGACGAGAACGGCUGGGACGAGUCACACCAGGCGUGUCAGCACGGAUUCGCCCAACACUUAGAACACCUUCUGUUCUACGGGGCAGACACCACUUCCCAGAAUGCAUCAGGAAACACUGCCCUCCACAUAUGUGCCCUUUACAACAAGGAGAGCUGCGCCCGGGUCCUUCUGUACCGAGGAGCCAGUAAGGAGAUAAAGAACAAACACGGUCAAACCCCUUUUCAGGUUGCUGUAAUGUCUGGCCAUUUUGAACUUGGAGAAAUUAUCAAAAAUCACAACGAUGCAGAUGUUGUUCCAUUUUUGGAAACUCCCAAAUACGCUCCUCUCUUUAUGGACGGUAUGUUGAGUCAACCCAUCAUGGCCGGCCUUCAGCAUCCUCACCCGCUGCUCCGCGCCAAGAGCGAGAACACGAUGACGACGCUCAUGGAUCCCGUAGUGCUGCCUGCCACUGCCGCCAGCAUGCCACCUGCUCAGACUCAGCGCCGGGCCUCUUUCGCUUUGAGGAGCUCCAGUAGUCCCCGCGGAGCACGAACUCGAUCCCCAUCUCGUGGAAGAGAGGGAGGAGAGACGGAGGAAAGGCAGCAAAAGCAACGAGGGAGGCAGGGAGGAGGUCAGAGGAAACGCCUGUACAGCGCCGUUCCGGGUCGCGUGUUUGUGGCGACGCGUUCUCACUCAGCUCACGGCGAGCGUGAGAUCAACAUCAGCAAAGGGGACAAGGUCAAAGUGUUGAGUGUAGGUGAAGGGGGAUUCUGGGAGGGAACAGUGAAGGGCCGCACAGGCUGGUUUCCUGCGGACUGUGUAGAAGAGGUGCUCCCCCAAAACCAGGAGCAGCAAACAGAGAGCCGCAAUGAGAAGGCGAAGAGGAAACUGUUUCGUCAUUACACAGUAGGAACGUACGAUGGUCUUGAAGUGCCCAGUGACUACAUCAUAAAGGAGAAAACUGUACUUCUGCAGAAAAAAGACAAUGAAGGCUUCGGUUUUGUACUCCGAGGGGCCAAAGCCCAGACUCCCGUCGAGGAGUUCAGCCCGACUCCAGCCUUUCCUGCUCUGCAGUACCUCGAGUCUGUCGACGAGGGGGGCGUCGCGUGGAGGUCCGGCCUGCGGAUGGGGGACUUCCUGAUCGAGGUGAAUGGAAUCAAUGUAGUGAAGGUGGGUCACAGGCAGGUGGUGAACAUGAUUCGCCAGGGCGGGAACAGUCUGAUGGUGAAGGUCGUCAUGGUAGCGCGAAAUCCUGAGAUGGAGGAAUUGCCUAAGAAGAAAGUUCCCCAGCAAAGUAAGCGGCUGACCCCUCCGGCUAUAGCUCUGCGCUCCAAAUCCAUGACUUCAGAACUGGAGGAGAUGGCUGCCUCACCAUGGAAGAAGAAACCAGAUCAUACAGAGAGCUCUCAAGCUCCAGAAAAGAAGAAGAGUGUCUAUCAAAUGGCCCUUAACAAGCUGGAUGAGAUUCUAGCCGCUGCUCAGCAGACAAUUAGCACAUCAGACUCUCAGGGUCACAGAGGUCACGGGGGCAAGAAGGAACGAAACAAGGGCUUUAACGCUAAUGAGCAAACUUUUGAACAAUCAGGUGUUGGCGUGAUGUCAUCAGGGUCUGGGUAUGGUUAUAACCAAGCCCAGUUUUCAUCAGGCCAUUCAACUCAGCGUGCUAUGAUGAUGCGUCAGAAAUCCAUGGGAGUGACUGAGGAGGAGAGGUUACAUCUCCAUCCUCCUACCAUGAAGCUGUCUCGUAGUCUUUCUGUGCCUGGACCAGAGGACAUCCCGCCUCCGCCCGACACCUCAGCGCCUGAGCCGCCCCUGUCUGCUGGCGGCCACACAGACAGGAGAUCGGCACCAACACAUUUUUUUGCUGUCCCUCCUCUGCCUCCAUCACACCACAUGCCUCAUAGCCAGACACAGCACAGGGUCCCGCCCAACCGCAGGGCUGAAACUGAUACCAGCAAGAUGGGAGGAGGAAGAAUGGGUGGCUUGAGGCGUGGCUAUAGCAAUGCCACGCCUCCCUCUGAUGUGGGUCCCAAACAAUCCACCGCACAGCGGAACCAAGCGCCAGCGGUGGCCAAGAUUGCAGGUCGGCAAGGUGGAAAGGGGCUGCUAGUGAAGCAGCGCAAAGUGGAGGAGACUGGCCGAGAAAAGUUAGAAAAAAGUUCCAUUUCGAUCCCGACGAUUAUUGUGAAAGCACCAUCUACCAGCAGCUCCGGACACAGCAGCCGUGCAAGCAGUGAGGACACAGAGCCGUCUCCUGAGAAUAAUGAAGAGCAGGAAGAGGCAAAGUCUCAAAACCCAGUCAUGGCUCCUGUGCCCGCUCCACCUCAACCACCUAGUAUCCCGUCAAAACUGGAAACUCUGGGCAAGAGCACAGCACAGCGGGAACGCGAACGCUACCGUGACUCACGUCGGAAAAGCACCUCCUUUUACUACUCCUCUGAAGAGGAUAUGUUGGAUGAGCAGGAGUCUGCUCAGACUUCAUUGGAGGCCAACACCUCGGCUCGUUUGCGCUCUUCUAAGUCUAUCGAUGAGGGAUUGAUCUCCGGUGAUGCCUUAAGCAUGCCGCCUGCGUUUGGGUUGCCACAAUACGCAUCAGCUACACCUCAUCAAGCCACUACCUUCAUCCACCCAUUGACGGGGAAGGUUCUAGACCCAACAAGCCCACUUGGACUCGCUCUGGCAGCACGUGAGCGUGCGCUGAAAGAUGACCGGCGUACACGUAGAGAGGAACGCCACUUCGGGCGGCAGCUGUCCAGCACUGGAGCCUUUCCGUCCGCCGUCUCCCCUGCAAACCAAAAACCUGUUCCUCCAUUCUAUAUUUACCAGUCACACACCUCUCUCUAUCUUAGUGGUGCCUCUCCAACAACAAGUGGGCCUGUCCCACAGAGUCGCCCCCAGUCGCCUCGAAUGCUUCGGUUGAGUGGUGGUGGGACGGGAAGCUUGGAAUGGAGUGAACAGAAUGUUGUGGACAGAGAGGAAAGAGGAGCACCAAAGGUGCGGUUUACAGAAAAUCAAGCCGGUCAGUACCAGGCCCACCUUCAGGACAGAGACAACAGAGCCAAUCAGUACCACACUUACAUGCGGGACCGAGAAAGGGAAGGGCACAAGCGGAUACCGCCCAAGCCUCCUCCCCGCAGGCCUUCAUUUAUAGGUAAGGAGAAUGAACUUGGCACAUCUGACAAAAAUCCCACCAGUAAUUCCCAGGAUGAUAGGGGAGGACAUAAGAUGGGAGAAGGUGGGAUAGAAAAGGAGGGAGAGAAAGAUGCAAAGAGAGGGCAGAAUCUAGGGGUUGGAGAGGGUGGCGAUGUGAUGAUGCUUCCACCCCCUGCUCCAUCUGUGGAUGUGGACGACGAGUUUGUGUUUGCAGAGCCCCUACCUCCCCCUAUACAGUUUGCAAACGGAAUAGAAAUAGACACCCAUGGAACAACAGAAUAUAAUCAACAACAACAACAGAAGGAGCUGUCAGGAUCUCAGCCACCCAAGGAGCAACAGUCUCUGCAAACGCUGUCCAAACCCCCGCAAGACACCAUGUCCUUAGCAGACAACACGCAAGCUGACUCACAGCAGACACCCGUCCAUCCUUCUGCUGUGGUUCAUCCAUUUCUUUUCCCACCAUCUCCUCUAAUCCCCCCUCCACAGCUGUGUCCCAAAAUACCUCCCGCGAACCCGCCCCAGUCCCAACCCUCAAGCUAUUCCCAGCACCCAAACACCAGUCAACCCCAACCUUUACCCUCGCCACAAGCGGGAGACUCUGCCGCUUCUAGUCUUACAUCUUACGACAGUGAGGUGGCCAAUCUGACCCAGUCUGCUCUUUCCCCAUCUCUUCCGUCUCCUCAGAUAUUCCCUUCAACGAGUUCCCCUUCCGCCUCAACCGCCUCAUCUGACCCUAUGUCCUUACAUCGGCCUCUCCCGCUUUUCUACCCGCAGCAAGGCCACGCUAACAUUUCUAUGUCAUACUCCACUGUGGCUGCGACUGCAGCUGUAAUGACUGUCACCACAACAAUGCCUUUGGAAAGUACAUCAGUUAUCACAGGUGACAGACUUCCUCCGGCACUUAAAGGGCGUGACUGGUCAGAAGCUGUGGUCGAUUCUGGAAUCGAAGAACUGGAUAGUCACAGCAGCAGCGAUCACCACAUGGAAAACUUUGGAGAAAGAAGAGAACAUGAAGGCAGCCGGGAGAAGGAGAGGGGAGGAGGGCGUAGAGAAAGCAUGGAGAGUGGAAUAGUAGGGGACGGAUUAAAAGGAGACCGAAGAGUGUCCCUGGAUUUGUCUCUUUCACACACCGAUAAAUUCGCUCAAAAACCACACAAACCGCACAUACAUAGAUCGAAACCGCCAAACCCGCCACUUGCAAAAACACACACUCAGAAUAUGUCAAAAUAUCACGUGCACACAGAAAACGGACGACCCGGACCGCUACAGCGGCAGGUUAGCACCGCUCCCAACAUGUACAGGUCAAGGGAAGAGGACGAGCAGGAACAGGGAAGAGGAGGCGACGCUGCAGUGAAGAUGCCAACGUUUAUGGAUCGUCGUCUCAACUCGCCUCUCUCCAAUGUGAAGGCCAGCAUCAUAAAUGAACUCAGCAGUAAACUACAACAGCUCGGUGGCUGGCAGAGUCAGGCACCGCCGUCAAAUCAUAGGUUUCCAGGCGAUCCCUCUGGCUGUGCGCCUCUCCUCCCUGCUUCUGCGGCGUCUCUCCAGCGCUCCUUCUCUCCAAACCUUCCCCCUAACUCUCUAACAUCCAACUGCCCCACUAUGGCUCUGAACCCUAACCCAGUACCUUCAUCUCCUCUUCCCGUAACGUCUCUAACCCCAGCGUUAACCCCGACCCCGUUACCUCUCACCCCAACCCCGGCUCCACCUCCUCUCAAAGACUGGACGCCGUCCAAUUCUCCCAUUUCUUUUCCACAUGGGAUUUUAUCCCCUCCGUCGCUGCCCCACGCCCCCCUCUCUCCUCUUUCCCUGGCUCAUGCACCCCUCUCUCCUCCAUCGUUACCUCAUCCUCCCAUCUCCCCGAUUUCUCUCUCUCACGCACCUCUUUCUCCUUCCUCUGUUUCUCAUCCACCUCUUUCUCCAUCCUACUCCCCCUAUCCCUUGUCUCCAAAACAUCGCUCAAAGUAUCGCGGUAAAGUGUCAGAGUUUCAAUUCUCCGGACCGGAAUUGCGCCGUUCCGAAUCUCAUUCGUACACCCAGCGUCGGCGAGCGCCCAGUCCCCUCAUUUCCUGCUCGGACCAUCCGCAACCUGGACCUCCACGUCCAUCCUCGCUCCCUCUCUUUCCGUCUACGCCGCUCUACGGCUCUCCGUAUGAAAUACAACCCCCUUUAACGCCCCCGUUGGGAGUCGCCCAUCAAUAUUCAGACCAGUUUUUCCCCCAAACUUCUCCUCUCUUCCCGCUCCCGUCACCUGUGGCUCCUCCCAACCCCGCGCUGGUCUCCAGCUCUCUCUCUCCUACCAACUUCCUGUCCGGAGGCUCCUCCCCCUCUUGUAUGAGCUACCCGCCUUUAACUCCUCCUCCACCCAAUCAGCCUUUUGUGUCUAAGCCCCUCCCCUACUGGAGCAAAUAUGACGUUGCUGAUUGGCUGACUUACCUGAAUCUGGCAGAGCACCGGGAGCGCUUUCUCGACAACGAGAUUGACGGCUCCCACCUGCCGUCUCUGACAAAAGAGGACUUCCUGGAUCUGGGCGUGAGUCGGGUCGGACACCGCAUGAACAUUGAGCGUGCGCUUAAGAGACUUACAGACAGGCUCUCCUCUGCUUUCUCUGUCUCCACUGUUUCUUCUGAAGGGCAGAACGAACGCAUGAGAGAUGAGGCGACUCAGAGCUAGAGGAGAGAAUUAGAGAGAACCAGUUAGAGGAUAGAAAGAGAGAAUGGGGUUAGACAAAAAGCACUUGGGAUGAGAGGGAAAGACUUCCACUCAAGGACAGAGGUGGGAAUGAUUGCAAUGGAGAAGCGCUAUGAAAUAUUCGAACACUCGCGGAGUGAACGAUAAGGUCAUCAUGAGCAAAUGUUUGUCGUCUCAGCUGAAGCCGGACGGCCAAACGUCUUCAGGCAAUCAGAGACAGAGAGAAUGUACUUCUUUCAUUGUUUUUUGGGAUGACGAGAUCAAGAGGUGUAUUGAAUUUUAGUAAUAUGAUAUUAUUAUAUUAAUACAAAUGAGGCUACUGUGCAUAUUUUAGCAUCUUGACGUGCAGGCUUUAAUUCAUCUGAUAAUAUGAUGAUUAAAGUCAACAUGAAACCUGAAUGAUCCCUUUUACUUUUUAAUACACACUUUUAAUGCUUAUCGAAUAGAAUUUGCCAGUGACAGUUUUCACCAUCCAGUCGAUUUGCAAUCAAGUCCUGCCGUACAUUUUUAGCUUUUAGCAUCCUCAGAUACAUUGGAUUUAUGAAAGUAAAAUGGGUUGCAGACUUCCAUGUUGACUUUAAGCAGUAAAAGAAGUCAUCAUAAUGCCAAUAAUAACCAUAUAAGGAUUAAGUAUGUAAGCGUUUUAAUACCGUAAGCAGAAUCAGUCUUCCAAAGAUCAGAACACAAUGAAAGAACCCAUCGUUUAUAUUGCUUAAGUGCGCUCUUGUUAACCUACACAAACACGCACGCAUGCACACUAACACAGACUCUGUGUUUAUGCGUGUGUGUGUGUGUGUAUGUGUGUUUUGUUAUGGCGGUGGUGGUUGUUUUAUAGGAGUAAAGCGUAACUCCAUUUCAUUUGAAAAUAUAUUUAAGGAAAUAGGAACAAAGGAAAUAUAUAUAUAUAUAUGUAUGUAUGUGUGAGUGUGUGUAUGGAAAUGUAUGCAGAAUUAAAGUAUAUAUAUAUAUAAAUAUCAGAUAUUUCUAUUGUUCUGUACAAUAAUUGAUGAAUAUGAUGAUACAUAAGCUCUGCUUAAGAGGUUUGAAUAAAUUAUUCUCUUGUUGAAUUUA